AGCCAAGAAUGUGCUUUAAUUGGUAAUUCAUUCCCUGCUGCAGCUGUACUAGUUGGAAGAGAUCAUCGAUACCCCACAUACAUGAUCUCUCUUUUUUUUUUUUUUUUUUUUUGGUUCUUCGUGACGUUGUUUUUAUUUCUCAAGCAAAUACACAAUAAAUAAAUAAAAAAUAUUAUCCAUUCUUUUAUAUUCAUUGACUUAAAAUGCCUGUGAAAACUUUAGUUGCAUGUUGUCAAGAUUCCUUGACUAAAUCACUAGAUGUACUUGCUGAAGUUGGGUGUGUUCCAUAUUCAUUGCUGAAAAACUCUUUACGAACAGCUACACCACAACAACUCUAUCGUAUUGAGAGAGCCAACCCGGGUCUUGCGGCAGAGUCCGACGAACUUUGGUUGAAACAUUGUUUCUUGUUUAAAGAAAUUAAAGAUGAACAUGAACGAGGACUUCAUAAAAACCCAAAAGAAUGGAGAGAACUUUAUUUGAACCGUCAUACAGAGGUGGAGAGGAAAAGAAAGGCAAUUAAAGAACGAAUUGCCAGUCAAUACAGUAAGCUGAAAAACGAAAAGGCAGCUAGAUCAAUUAAAGUGUUACAUGGAGUUGUUCCCGUUGCAAAAAAUCAUUCUUAUGAAGCUGCAAGACAAUCUACCAUGAGUAAAUUAUUUCAACAAUCUAAACGUGCAACAAACAAAGCCACUUCCAUUUAUCAACAACCUAAAAAAUCCACUGCUGCUCCAUCCACAGCACAAAAUUUUGUUUAUGCCCCUUCUGCUUCAAAUUUAAUUCGGGCACCCAAACCACCAUCCAAAUUGAUGAAAGACUACCAACAUAACCGUAUACAAUACCCGCGUCAAAAAUCUCCACCUGCAUCUUUGAUAGCCCCGAAAUCCAUUAUUCCCCUUGAUCAUAUUGAAAGAGUAGCGAAAAAACCAAAGCCGGAAGAAAAGAGUCUUGAUAAGAAGAGACCAAUUGAGGAACGAAAAAGGCCAUCUGAUGAUAGAAAAAGACCCAUGGAUGAAAGGAAAAGGCCGAUAGAUGAAAGAAAACGACCCACGGAUGAAAAACAUAGACAAGGUGAAAGGAAAAGACGACUGGAAGAUGACAAGCAUCAGGAACCAAAAAAGAGACCUGCUGCUAAAGUCAAUUUUAAUAUAUUUAAUGAGUUGCUAUAAUAAACCUAGAAUACAUCCUUUUUUUUUACUUUUGUAUCCGCAAUAAGACGAUUUACAUCAUCCUUUAUUUUAUCGUGGUUGGAAGAGGAGAAUUGUUUAUCAACUUAUCGCCUCCCUCAAAUAUAGAAUUCAUUUGGCUUAUGCGCUUAAUUAAAAAAAAAGAGGAGCCAGGCUUGUUGGUUAUCGGGUAAAUUAAACAAAUGCUGGCGGGGAAAGGGGGUCGAGAAAAGGAGGCAUACAGUCUGCAACAGCAUAAAUGUCGAGUCAUGCCCUUUUUAUUAUGCGAAAUUCAACCAAUAAGAAUCGUAUGCAAAACAGUAAUCUUUUUGUAUCCCCCCAUUGUUUUUUUUUUAAAAAAAACAUGAGGUUUCACGAUAUAUAUUUCCAACAACCCUUGCCACUUUUCUA